AUCAGUGAACAAUUGUAUGAAAUAUAUGUGGUGAAACCAGCUCACUGCAAUGAGUACUAGCACACCUGAGUCACGGGAAUUAUUACGCCUUUAUAAAUGUGUCGUCGAAACAGGUACAGGCGUUCUUACUGCUUUUGCUCAAAAUAAAUUUUUAGCAGCGUACAACGGAAAUUUUAAACAAUUUCUUGAUGACAAAAAACAUGAACUAUUUCAUCUACGGCAAUCUAAGAAGUUAUUAUGUUGUGAAUGUCCACCAGCAGGUUACAAUUUCACACGAAUGAGUCACAUGGACAACUGGAUAUUCAAAAAGCUUUAUACUGAUAAUGGUCCUGAAAAUAGGUCACACAUUAUCCGUAAUGGCAGAGAUGUUGUACAAGUCUGUCUUCACAAAUAUGUCACACACAAUAUUGCGAUUCACGAACUUGAUAUUAGUGCAAUAUCGUUUCUCCUUCGAAAUUUAAUAAUAUUGUCCGCAAACGAGAACACUACAUUGGAUAUAAUUACCACUACAAGAAGUAAGAUUUGCCAUGCUUAUUCAAGUAAGUGUUAUCCUAUGAUCUUAUUGAAUUCAACGUGGACUGAAUUAGAAAACGCCUUAGUCGAUCUAGCAGAUCCUUCUUACAAGGUAAUCAUCCGACAACAAAUCAAAUACUUGCGCAAAACUGAUUUAGAGAAGGAAGAAAUAACAGAAUUACUUAGUAACGUUGAGGAGGUAUUAAAAGAAGUGAAAUCCAGCUCUAAUAACAAUGUAGCAUAUCUCAAUGGUAUGGAAACAAGACUGAUCAAUAAAUCAAUCAAAAAUACAGAUGCUAUCAACCAACAUGUAACUGAAGAAGUACACUAUUGUUUCGCACAAGCGCAACAAGCGCUCUCAGAAAAGAUACAAAAUACGGAAGAAAACUUACAGAAAGAGUUGAAAGAAGUGGAAAAAUCUCAGGAAAACAGUUAUCAAAAGAUUGGAACCGAACUGAACAAGACAAGAUCAGGUAUCAAGGAGGUACAGGAAAACCAAGAGAAAACACAAGUUACGCUGGUAGAAAUGUCACGGACAAUCAAGAAAUUAGAGAUGCAUGUAAAGUAUGACAGACCUAACGUACUUGUUCCAGAGGAAGCAUGUUCAGAUGCAAUGGAACGUCCUGUCCUGUGGCAAAUAGCAACUCCUGAGCACUGGAACCUCGAAGAUGUAGAAGCAACUCUACGAAGUCCAUCACAGAAAGAUGAAUCGUUCAAGAUUAAGUUUGUGAAGAAAGGCUCCUUGAUUAUGUUGACAACAAUAGCCUCAAGAGUACUUGGUGAUUCUAAAGAAUUCGAAACUGCUGUCAUGUCAUUCCUUACAAAAAUGAUUGAAGACUGUGGUAUCAACACAGAAAUACCUGGCCGAGUUGACGUUAGGCUUCAUAUAUUGAAUGCUAAUGAAGUGUCUAUAAGUUGUGAACUUCCUUUAGAAGUACGGCAUGAACAGACUGCAGUCAGACAUCGUUUGUUACCACACGACUUGCACCAUCCUGUAGUUGAACAGCUUUUAUUAGAGGAGACAGCAGCUUUUACAAAUAAGUCUUUUAGACUUGCUGGUCUCCGAAAAGCUCAGACAGGAGGAUCGGGAAAGAUUUUGGAUAAUUUUGGGUGA